UGAUCUUUAUAACCUCCUGAUAGUGUUUGGUAUCUACCAGAAAACGAAUUUCUGUCCACCUUUUUUUCCUCAUCUUCGACUUUUUCCUCUCUCUCUCUCUCUCUCUCAUCCUUCUCAUCUCUCUGUAUCUCACUCUCUCUCUCUCAUCCUUCUCAUCUCUCUGUAUCUCUCUCUCUCUCUCUCUUUCUCUUUCUUUCUCUGUCUUUUUCUGUUUGUUUCCAUUAAUUUACCUUUCGAUAUCAUCAUCAAUAUUUAUCAUCAGUUUUUGUCGUUCUUGUCGUCGUCAUCAUCAUCUCAUCUUUUACAUCUCAUCUCCUUCAUCUUCAUCACCAUCGGCAACAGUAACUCCAACAUCUUAAUUAAUUAAUUAUUACGACAGAGAGAAGAAAGUAAAAAUUUCUUUAUCUUGAUUGUGAUACUUAUGUCGUUGUGAAGAGAAAAAGAAAGAAGAGAAAGAAAGUAAAAAAAAAAAGAAAAAGAAAGAGAAAAAAGAAUUAGGAAAACAAUUAGAAUUGUUGGAUUGUUCUAAAUUGCUUUUCCAUUCCAUGGAGACAUUUACCGAACAAUUUAUUCCACUUUAUUCAACUGAUGGUAAUGAUGGUACUUCCAAUGGAACCAAUGGAGAUGGUGGUGGUGGUGGAAACGCCGGUGGAGGUGCAAGUGGAAACAACGGUGGUUCGAGUUCAUCUGUGAUCAAUACAACGUCGACCGUUACUACGGCGACCGCUGCCGCCGCCGCCGCCGCUGCUGCUGCUGCUGCAGUGUCAUUCAAUUCAAACAAUCCAACGAUUAAUCCUUAUCAAGGUUACGCUAUUUUUAAUCAAGUUCAUCAUCAUCCGAUUGUCUCACCAAAUGAUUUGGGUCGACGGUUAAUCAAUGAUAUUGAUAAAUUUUCCUCCUCAGAGGGAAGAGAGUGUGUUAAUUGUGGAGCGAUACAAACACCGCUUUGGCGUCGCGAUGGAACAGGUCACUAUUUGUGCAAUGCUUGUGGACUUUUUCAUAAAAUGAAUGGUUACAAUCGACCAUUGGUCAAGAAUCAAAGACGAUUAACAAGCUCUUCUCGGCGAACGGGUCGUAAAUGUGCAAACUGUGGGACGGCGGUCACUUCGUUAUGGCGGUGUAACAGUAAAGGCGAAUCGGUUUGCAACGCCUGCGGCUUAUAUUUCAAAUUGCAUAGUAUCCCCAGGCCACUGACCAUGAAGAAAGAUUCAAUUCAAACACGGAAAAGGAAACCGAAAUCCCAUCAAUCAGGUGGAGGUGGCGGUGGACCAUCACAACUACAAGUGCAGCUACAACACCAACACCAUCAACAACAACAACAACAACAGGUUAUCCAACAUCAUCAUCAGCAACAACAACAACAACACCAUCAAUUGCAAACACAUCAACUUCAUCUUCAUCAACAACAUUCCUCUAAUCAUCAUCAUCAUAAUCAACAAAAUCCUCAUCAUCACUCCCAACAAUCAAAUCAAUUACAGGACAAUGGUACCGAUGGGCCAAUAUCCCUACAACUCCACCACCCCCAACCCUCAACUUUACAAAAUCACCUUUUAUCGUUAUCAAAGGAACUGUUAAUUACCAAUGGUCAGCAAACUGUUAUCCAAUCACACCAAUUAAAUAAUUCCAGUCUACAAGAUGACCCUUCAGUCCCAUUAGAAUUAACCUCAACUAAUCAUUUCGACAAUUAAGUCCACAAUUGCAAUAGCUUUUUAUCAACGCAACUAAUCAAAUUAACAAAAACAAAACCUCAAUUUACAAUCAAAUUUUAAAAGCAACAAAGUUGUUAACUUUUUAGUAACAAUUUAACAAAACAAUUGCGACAAAGGGUUAAAAAAGCAAUUAAUUUAUCAUUCAAAGCUUAUUAAUCAAAAUUGUCAAUUUGAUCAAUGAUUUUUUAAGCGAAAAAAACCAAUCAAUUUGUAUACAAACAAUUUAUUGUCUUUAAUUAUAUUAACUUUUUUUUGUUAAUCAAAAA